CCCAAAGUCGACAUCAACUGCAUAUCGCCGUCUUCCAAAUUACCGGCGAUCUAUCGACAUAAUGGCCGCGACCACAAAUGGCGACCCUUCCGCAGCGGCGGCUUCACUUGACAAUAUCAAGCCACCGCCUGGAGUUAUCAUCCCGCCACCAGGCGAGAUUCGCGAGGCGAUCGAGAAAACGGCCGGAUAUGUUAUGCGUGGUGGACUAGGACUCGAACAGCGCAUUCGCGAGAACCAUGGCAAGAAUCCGAAAUUCAGCUUCUUGAUGACCUCGAGCGAUCCAUACAAUGCGUACUACGAAUGGCGAAAAUCAGAAAUAAAGGCCGGACGCGGCACCGCCAUUGCCGCUGGUCGCGUCGGUGAGGCUGCCCCAGCUCCAGCCAAGGAAGAGCCAAAGGGCCCUCCCAAGCCGCCUGACUUCCAGUUCUCAGCGCGUAUGCCUCGUAUGAGCCAAAAAGACCUGGAAGUUGUGCGAGCAACAGCCCUGUUCGUCGCAAAGAAUGGCCGCCCAUUCAUGACACAGCUCUCCCAGCGUGAGGCCAGCAACCCGCAGUUCCAGUUCCUGAUACCCAACCACACCUUCCACAACUUCUUCCAGAGCAUGGUCGAUCAGUAUUCCAUCCUCUUGCGCGAAAACGAUAGCACUGGAAAAGGCAACCAGGCACUACAAGAACGCAUUGCCGAAAUUAAGCGGAACAUUGACGAUAAGUACCACGUGCUGGCGCGUGCGAAACAGAGGGCCGAGUAUGCGAUUUGGCAGGAGACUGAAAAGGCAAAGAAGGAGGAGGAGGAAGAAAGGAAGAAGAUUGAGUUCGCUCGUAUCGAUUGGAAUGACUUUGUCGUCGUCGAGACCAUUGUCUUUUCGGAAUCAGACGACCAGGCUAACUUGCCGCCUCCCACAACGCUCAACGACCUCCAGUAUGCUUCGCUAGAAGAGAAGAACAAAAUAUCGAUUAGCUCCAAUCUCCGGAUCGAAGAGGCCUUCCCAUUCGAAGACACCAGCUAUAACGCCUACCCCCCGCAACAGUACGGAGUCCAAGCGGCACCUUCUCAGCCAGCCCAGCAACAGCAAUACCAAUCCCCGAAUACUCCCAAUGCCCCGCAGGCAUACGGCACCCCUCUCCCCGUUGGAAGCCACCCAAGACCAGAAGAGGAGGAAGCGGCGCAGAGAGCUCGGGCGGAACAGGAGGCUAGGACACGGGUGCAGCCAACUGGUGGACUGGCGCCGAUGAAGAUCAAGGAUAACUAUGUUCCUCGAGCAGCGCAGCGCGCGGCCAACAAGUUUGGUUCACAAAUGGCUUUGUGCCCUAACUGCAAACAGCAAAUUCCACUUAACGAACUGGAUGAGCAUAUGAGAAUUGAACUUCUUGAUCCACGGUGGAAGGAACAGAAGGCCAAGGCGGACGCGAGAUUUGCUACGACUAACCUCUCUACUGUGGAUGUUGCCAACAACCUCAAGCGACUGGCUAGCGCACGUACCGAUGUUUUCGAUGCAGUAACCGGUCAGCCCAUAUCCGAGGAAGAGCAAGCUCGAAGGAAGAAGGUGGCCAUGCAUAGCUACGACGGAAAUCCCGAGGGCAGGAGCCAGGCACACAUCAACCAGUUGCAGACCUUCAAUCUCGACGAGCAGAUCAAGGCCAUCCACCAAAAGUUUGCCGACAAGAACGACUUGGGGUCCGCGGCCGGUGGUGCGCGCGCUACCUCUCCCACCUCGCCAACGUCGCCCACUAGCCCGGUCAGCCCAACGGGGUCUCAGUCAGAUAAAGCAAAGGCGGCGGCGGCGGCAGCUGCCCGUCUGCACCGGCCCAUCAUGCAAUCUCUACCGGACACGCGACAACAGUCGUUUGAUGAGAUUUACGGUCCGCCCGAGAACUUCUUGGAGAUCGAGGUCCGCAACCCCCGAACCCACGGUAUCGGCCGCCACAUGUACACCGACUACGAGAUUGUAUGUCGCACCAACAUCCCCGCCUUCAAGCUGCGGCAGUCGACAGUGCGCCGCCGCUAUUCGGACUUUGAGUACUUCCGCGACAUCCUUGAGCGGGAGAGCGCCCGCGUGACCAUCCCCCCGCUUCCCGGCAAGGUGUUCACCAACCGGUUUAGCGACGACGUGAUCGAGGGCCGCAGGGCGGGUUUGGAGAAGUUCCUCAAGAUCGUCGUGGGGCACCCGCUGUUGCAAACGGGGAGUAAAGUGCUAGCUGCUUUUGUGCAGGACCCCAACUGGGAUCGUAACGCAUGGUGACUCCUCUUCCGCGAAAGCUGGGGAGUAGGCACCCCGCGCCCGCGCUUGGGCAGCGCCCCUUCGUCUAUAUCGUCCACCUCCACAUCAACCUUAUCUUCUGCCUUUUCAUCUUUGUUAGCCAGUAAUAACCAUAGCGUUGUUGUCCUCCACAAUACCAAUACUAGUAACUCUACCACAUCAUCGUCAUCAUCAUCGCCGCAACAAUCGCAACGGUCCCACCAGUCACAAUCGACGAUGCGAACGCCGAGAAAACUGCGCAAACGUCCUCCGCGGGGUUACGCCGAGACGCAAGCUUUGUAUAAGCUUGCGGUGGGUGAUGGUGGCGAGGAGUCGUGAUUAUGGCGAUGGAUGACAGUUUGCCGAAGUUUGCCCGGAAGUGAAAAAGGUUGAAACGAAGGGCAUUUUCCGUGUUUGUGUUUCUGAGUAACAUGAGCUGGGCGGACAGGAAGAAUGGGCGGGCCAUCGAUGGAGAGAGAUGUUCAAAAGUUUGUCUGUCGAAUGAUUGUUUGAGAGUAUACGUGGAUUUUAGGUCAGCGACAUUAUGGAAGGUGUUGAUAAUGUCAGCCGUUGCGAAUAAAUAUCCUCGGUUCUUUUUCAGUACC